UAUUGCCCUCCUUGGGUUCCCUGUGGCCCCUGAUGUUUGAUUGGGACCCCCCGUAGGGGCUGGUUCCUCGUUGAAGCUCGGAGUUAGUUGUAAUUUAGAUUUUGAGAAAUAUUAGUUGAAUUAAACCACGAAUUGAAAGCAUAAUCGUGAGGAUCUGAACGUAUAACAUGGUGUCAGAAGUCAAGUAAAAGUUUAACGAGAAUCAAGGUAGCCCGCCCUGUGCUCGCGGGCUCAUGCCGGUGGAAGCCGGUGACCACCGGCUGAUUUUACGCCACGUCGACCACUGAUUAGUUGCGCAUUGUUUGCACUCAAAACCCGUCCUAAAACACAGCUUUUCUCAUAUUAUUUGCAUCUCUAUUCACCACCACUCACAAGCGCAAAGUGUGACCUAAAUUAACAGGUGGCGUUCUGAAGAUGGCAACGAAAUUCGUGGUUCUUUUUGCACUUCUAACCGUAGCCCUGGGCCAUGCCGAAUCUGAUAAGAGGCCAAAAACUCACACAGACAAGCUAUCCGAAGCUGAGCACUUCGAUAAAGAGGGCGAGCACAACCCGGACUACGACCAUGAAGCAUUCUUAGGCACAGAGAAGGAAGAAUUCGACCACUUACCGCCAGAAGAAGCCAAGAAAAGGCUCCGGGCUUUGAUACGUGAAGUCGAUAAUAACAAAGAUGGAGCUGUCACAACCGAAGAGCUUACGGACUGGGUGAAGGGGGUCUUCAAAAAACGCUCUAUGGAAGGAGUGGAUAACGAUUUAAAGGAGAAAGAUGCCAACGAAGACGGUAAAGUAGACUGGAAUGAGUACAGCAAAGGAACUUAUGGCGAUCAGACCGAGGAUGAUGAAGAAAUGAAAGAAUUCCUUCGCAGAGACAAGAGAAGAUUUGACGCUGCUGACACUAACAAAGACGGGUUUCUCACUAGAGAGGAAAUGGCGAUUUUUCUCCACCCGGAAUCAUCCCCAGAAAUGAGCGAAGUGCAUAUUUUGGAAACAAUUGAAGACAUUGACCGUGAUAAGGAUGGCUUAAUCAGCCUGAAGGAGUUCCUGGGAGAGUAUGAGGAGGAACCAGGAGAGGUGCCAGACUGGGUAAAGGACGAAACUAACCGCUUCAACGAGGAGUACGACAAAAACAAGGACGGCAAGCUGGACAAGGAGGAAGUGAGACUCUGGAUCCUGCCUGAGACUGACCACCUUAUGGCUGCAGAGGAAGCCAAGCACCUUGUGUCUUCUGCUGACGACAACAGUGAUGGUAAACUGACCAUUGAAGAGAUUGAGAAAAACUAUGCUGUGUUUGUAGGAAGUGAGGCAACUGAUUAUGGACGAGCGUUGCCUAAGGAAGAGCUUUAAGGUUUUGAUGCCCAUUGCAUUUUGUUUGCAUUCUUUUACUGGCUAUAUUUAAAGUGAAGUACAUAUGCAGAGCCAAGAAGAAAUGACUCAGUUUUGGUGCUUGAGCAACUUAACUGCAGUAGAACUCACACAAAUGGGAAUAGUACCUACUUUACAAUUAUCUUAAACGUUGAAAUAUAUUCAUUUCUUUUACCUAGCAAGUGUCCUAAUCUAGAAAACAUACUUACUAUUGCUGUAUUAACUAAAUACUUUUUUACCUCAGUUACUACCUAGCUUUUAUUGUUGUCUAUUGUAAGUUUAUAUACACACUUUUUUCAAGAUUUAUUCCUACAAAAGUAUAAAUUAUGCAAGAUUGAUCAUAUGAAAUUUUAUUAAAUUAUGACAAUUA